AUGGCGCACCAGCCUCCGCCCGCGCGGACGGCAAGCGCUGGUCCACCAAGUGCUGGCGGUAUGCAGACGCCCGCGACAACACCCGGCCCAGGACAAGGCGGCGGGUCAAAUCAGAACCUCAACCAGAUCGUGCUGGAAUACCUCGCGAAGAAGGGCUACAGCCGAACAGAGGCGAUGCUGAGAAAGGAAAGCGCGCAUACCGAUCCAAAUGGCCAACUCAUCACUUCACGGGUAGAGGAGACCGGUGGCAAGAUGUACAGAACGUCUUUCGCACUCCUCCACAACUGGAUCGAGAACUCGCUAGACAUCUACAAGCCGGAGCUCAAGCGGAUACUAUGGCCUGUCUUCGUCCACGCGUUCCUCAAUCUCGUCGGCGAUUUCUACCCUCGCGAAAGCAAAGACUUCUUCGAAGCCUUCCAGGAGUUGUUCGCCAGCGAGCACGAGGACGAUCUGCGGGUGCUGGGGCCUAUCACUGAACCUGAGCAUCUCCAACAGAAUGAACUGGCGCAGCUUUUCCGAACAAACAAAUACCGUCUAACGAUAAGUCGCCUGGCUUUCACGAACCUCAUCAUGUUUCUGGAAGACCACGAAAAGGAGGGUGGCACGGUCAUUGUCAAUCUCAUCCAGAACUUUCUCGACGUUCGCACACCUGAUCGGCAAGCAGCUGGAGGCCAGCGAGGUCUGCAACGGCUACUGGCAGAGCGCAACGGCGAGCGAGACUAUCCCGCAGAGGACGAGGGAAUCCCUGGCCACAACCCCGGCUCCGCCAACGUCAGCCAGUCAGCGCCCAGCGUACUCUCGAAGCUCGCCCUCGGACCGAUGCCGAUGGAGCCUGACAUGAUGGAAGACGUAAAGGCAGAGCUUCAAGAGCAGGAUGGCGUGCAUCCUCCGGCAGCCGGUCAGAACUCUCUGGUAGACGAGUUCGAGCAGCGCAUCAAAAAUGAGCCAAUGGAUGACGUGCCUUCCCGCGAAGCACUUCCCUUCCCUCCAUCGACUGCACGAGACGUUGCAAUGGAGGUGCAGAAGGUCAAAGAAAACCGCGACCGGUUCCGCGUCGAAGGCAGGACAGGCGGAGUUGGUCCUGGCCUCAGCGUGACAAUGUUCACAUUCCACAACACCUUCGACAGCAUCAAUUGCAUCGAGUUCUCCGGCGACAACACGCUCGUAGCUGCUGGUACCGCAGAGUCCUAUAUUCGGGUGUGGUCGCUGGACAACCGCGCACUCACCUCACCCUCCGAUCCGCCUACUUUCCAACCAUCUUCUUCUCGGCGUCUAGUCGGCCACUCAGGUCCUGUGUAUUGCCUCUCGUUUUCCCCGUCAGUCGCCUUACCACAAGCGCAAACAAAUGGCCACACAUCGUUAGACAACUCAUUAGACUCACAGCCCCGCUUCCUCCUUUCAGCUUCCGCUGACGCUACCAUCCGCCUCUGGUCUCUCGACACAUGGACCAACCUGGUCGUCUACCGUGGCCAUCAAAGCCCUGUAUGGGACGUACGAUUCUGCCCGCACGGCCACUACUUCGUCUCCUGCUCUGCCGACCGCUCAGCACGAUUAUGGAGUACACCACAGAUCGCCCCUCUCCGCUUGAUGGUUGGUCACGAUUCCGACGUCGAGAGCGUAGCAUGGCACCCGAACGGCGCAUACGUAUUCACAGGCUCUGGAGGCAGCGACAGGACGGUACGGAUGUGGGACAUCACCCGUGGCAGCGCUGUGCGAUUGUUCACAGGUCACGUCGGCAAUGUCACUGCCCUGGCUUGCGCGCCCAACGGACACGUAGUCGCAAGCGCAGAUGACCGCGGUGAGAUCAUCCUCUGGAGCCUAGCGACGGGCCGCCUCACCAAGCGCAUGCGCGGACACGGACGAGGUGGGAUUUGGUCCCUCGACUGGAGCGUCGAAAGCUCCGUCCUCGUCUCCGGGGGCGCAGACGGCACAGUGCGGGUCUGGGACGUACAGCCGAACAAAGAGUCCAACGGCAAAGUCGUCGGCGAAGGAGGCGCAGGCACGAAGAUCGACGGCGCAACGAACGGUGUUGGGACUGGUGCGGUCACGAAGACGGGUACUGGGAAGGCGAAGAAGGAUGUCGUGGUUAGUCCGGACCAGAUCUCUGCAUUCCCGACGAAGAAGAGUCCGGUGUACAAUGUCCGGUUUACGCAAAUGAAUCUGGUUAUGGCUGGGGGUGCGUAUCUGCCUUGA